UCCGUCCUCACUUGGUGUCCCUAUGAACCAAUCAGGCGUCUCCUCUCUGUCUCUCGUCCAGCACAAGCACUUCACAGAGGACAUUCAGACGAGACAGUACAGAGCUCUGGAGGUUCUGAUUGGAGCAGAGUACGGACCACCUGCUGACAUCUGGAGCACCGCCUGCAUGGCCUUUGAGCUGGCGACAGGAGAUUACCUCUUUGAGCCUCACUCAGGAGAAGACUACAGCAGAGACGAAGAUCACAUCGCUCACGUCAUCGAGCUGCUCGGGACGCUUCCUCUGCCCUUCGCCUUGUCUGGCAGGUACUCCAGAGAGUACUUCAACAGGAGAGGCGAGCUGCGUCACAUCUCCAGCCUGAAGCCGUGGGCUCUGUUCGAGGUGCUGUUGGAGAAGUACGAGUGGCCUCUGGAGCAGGCGGCUCAGUUCAGUGACUUCCUGCUGACCAUGUUGGAGCUGCAGCCUGAACGCAGGGCGACGGCGGCGCAGUGCCUGCAGCACGCAUGGCUGCUCACAUAGACGCAGGCUGCACACGUGGACACGGAGGGAAGUUACCAAGCCGACUUCCAUUGAAAUGUUUUAUGUUUGACUGCUGUUCAAUUGUUACACGCUCCCUGUCAGUCAUAAACGGUGCCUUGAAAUGA